GCCCCGCCCCUCUGGAACCAGGUAGCAGAAUCCCGAGACUGCAGGGCUUCGCGGCUCAGGAGGCCGAAGCGGCGGGCCGGAGAUCCGCAGUUUCCAAAGCCCAACAUACAAAGCUGGUAGAAGCAGAGCAGAUCUGGCCAGGUCCUGACACGCUGAGUGCAGAGCAAUGUUGUGGAAGACAGUGCUCUUACUGGCCCUGGUGGACCCGGUGCUGGUGCUGGAGAAUGGGCUCCUGCGGAAGCCACCCAUGGGCUGGCUGGCCUGGGAACGCUUCCGCUGCAACAUUAACUGUGAUGAGGACCCAAAGAACUGCAUCAGUGAGCGGCUGUUCAUGGAGAUGGCUGACCGGCUGGCACAGGAUGGAUGGCGGGACCUGGGCUACACAUACCUUAACAUCGAUGACUGCUGGAUUGGCGGGCGUGAUGCCCAAGGCUACCUGGUGCCUGAUCCCAAGCGCUUCCCCAAUGGCAUUGCCUUCCUGGCUGACUAUGUUCACUCCUUGGGCCUGCAGCUGGGCAUCUAUGAGGACAUAGGCAACUUCACCUGCAUGGGUUACCCAGGCACCACGCUAGACAAGAUAAUCCAGGAUGCUCAAACCUUUGCCAAGUGGAAGGUGGACAUGCUGAAGCUGGAUGGCUGCUUCUCGACCCGGCAGGAACGGGCCAAGGGGUACCCCUUGAUGGCUGCUGCCCUGAAUGCCACAGGCCGCCCCAUCGCCUUCUCCUGCAGCUGGCCAGCCUACGAAGGGGGCCUCCCGCCCAAGGUGGACUACAGUCUGCUGGCAAAAAUCUGUAACCUCUGGCGCAACUAUGAUGACAUCCAGGACUCCUGGACGAGUGUGCUUUCCAUCCUGGACUGGUUUGUGGCUCAUCAGGACAUACUACAGCCAGUGGCAGGCCCUGGACACUGGAAUGACCCAGACAUGCUGCUCAUUGGGAACUUCGGCCUCAGUUUCGAGCAAGCCCGGGCCCAGAUGGCCCUGUGGACAGUGCUGGCGGCCCCCCUCUUCAUGUCCACAGACCUGCGUACCAUCUCUGCCCAGAACGUGGACAUUCUGCAGAAUCCACUCAUGAUAAAAAUCAACCAGGAUCCCUUAGGCAUUCAGGGACGCAGGAUUCUCAAGGAAAAAUCCCUCAUUGAAGUGUUCCUGCGGCCCCUGAUCAAUGAUGCCUUCGCCUUAGUCUUCUUCAGCCGCAGGACAGAUAUGCCUUAUCGCUUCCAUUCCUCCCUUGCCCGGCUCAACAUCACGUGUUCCGGCUUGUAUGAGGCCCAGGAUGUCUACACGGGUGCUGUCAUCAGUGGCCUCCAGCCUGAAACCAUCUUCACAGUGAUCGUCAACCCUUCGGGUGUGGUGAUGUGGUACCUCUAUCCUAUCAAGAAGCCGGGGAUAUCCCAGCAAUGAGAAGCUAAGACAUGUGGCAGCACCACUGAACCCAGACCAUGGAGCCUUGGCAUGCCAAGGGCCAGGAGGUGAGGUUCUCCGCUGCCCAGGCUCGCUCAGUGACUGACCCCAUCAGACCCAAAGUGCAGUCUCAGAGCCAGGUUCCGCCCAAGUGUGAACCCUCCUGGAAACGUGUCUUGGGCAGUUUCCUGUGGCCGCCUGGCCUCUUACCUCGUCUGCACGGCCCCGCAGACGUUGCUGGACAACUCAGCCAGCCUCCUCAUCGGGACGAAGUCUCUGAACUUUUGUUCAUUCUGAAAUCAAGAUGUGAGAAUUUUCUUAUAAUUAGGAAUGGAGAUGGGACUUCUUGUCAGGAACUUACCUGAGUCGUGUGAUUGGCUUUCCUACCCGGAGGAGGCCUUGCAGACUGACAUUACUGGGGAGUGACCUUGGCUCCCUCAGGUCUCCAAUAAAGCUGCUCAAAUAGUUGUAACAUGGACCUGGGGCUAUGGGCACCUUCAGUUAAGGACUCUGGGUGUCAGUACACAGGGAGGGUGCUGGUUUUAAAUCACACCUCACAUGGAAGAUGUUUGGCAUCUUCUGACCCCUCAUUCUCCAAAGUGACCUGCAGAUUUUACUUCCAGACAGUCCAGACUUGCCUCACACCGGGGGGCUAUCCCUGCUGUGCCCAACAGAGUGGAGGUGGUGUGACCACAGUGAGGCGGAGCAGCAGUGGUCCAGGCCCAUUGUCUUGGGCAUCCCUUCCCCACCGCAUCCGGAUGUUCCGUGCUCUGCUGGCCAUGGCCCCACUCUCACCAGCCCCUUUGCUGCACAUUGAAAGGCUUGA